ACGUGCCUAUGUAGAGCCGCUCGCUCUCUGAUUAGCCCCCCUGACGAUCUGUCGAGCCCUGCCUCCUUCGCCAUUUGAAAGUCAUGGCAACUGCCCCCAUCGUGUCAAACGGGACUACCCCCGUCAUCUCCAACGGGACGAGUCCGGCAGAGUCCGUGUUCACCAGCCACAGCUCCCGCUCCAGCGACGAUGGCAUUACGCUGGGGCUGCACGGAAAUCUGCGCACAGUCAACGCCUCCCACCGCACCCAGGUGCCCAUUGCCGUCGUUGGUAUGGGAUGCCGGCUGCCGGGCCACAGCAACUCGCCCACUGCGCUCUGGGACUUCCUGCAGCGCGGCGGCAUCGCCAAGAACGAACCGCCACCGUCGCGCUUCAGUUUGCGCGGCCACUACGACGGGACGCGUCGACCGCGGACGAUGAAGUCGCCCGGAGGCAUGUUCAUCGAGGACAUGGACCCGGCCGAGUUUGACGGCCAGUUCUUCAACCUCAGCCGGGCUGACUGCAUUGCCAUGGACCCGCAGCAGCGUCAAAUCCUCGAGGUGACGUACGAGUGCCUAGAGAACGCCGGAAUUAGCCUCCAGAAGCUCAGUGGUAGCAAGACGGGUGUCAUUGUCGGAACGAAUUUCAUCGACUACGGAGCCAUCCAGAACCGGGAUCCCGAAGACCGGGCCGACUCCAUCACCAUCGGGCUUGCCUCGUCUAUCCUGAGUAACCGGGUCAGCCACUUUCUCAACGUCAACGGGCCAAGCAUGACCAUCGACACAGCCUGCUCGGCAAGUCUGGUCUCGGUCGACGUAGCCUGCCGCUACCUCGACAGCUUCCAGGCUGACGGCAUGAUCGUAGGCGGUGCCAACCUCUGGCUGACGCCCGAGCACAACGAGGAGGUUGGCAUGAUGCACAUGACACAGUCGGCGUCGGGACGAUGCCACAGCUUCGACGCCAAGGCCGACGGGUACGUCAAGGCCGAAGGCAUCAACGUCGUGUACCUGAAGCGGCUCGACGACGCCAUCCGCGACGGCGACCCGGUGCGAGCCAUCAUCCGCGGCACCGCCGCCAACGCGUCCGGGCGCACGCCGGGCAUCGCCAACCCGAGCCCGGACAUGCAGGCAUCCGUGACGAGAAUGGCCUACAAGAAUGCGGGCAUCACCGAUUUCAGGGCCACUCAGUUCCUCGAGUGCCACGGCACCGGCACCCUGGCCGGCGACCCUGUCGAGGUAAAGGGCGCAGGCGCCGUGUUCGCUGCCGGCCGCGAGCCCGGUCAGGAGCUGGUCAUUGGCUCCAUCAAGGCCAACAUUGGACAUUCAGAGGCCGCCGCCGGCAUCUCGGGUCUCCUGAAGGCCAUCAUGGCCGUUGAGCGCGCCAUCAUCCCAGGAAAUCCAACCUUCAUCGAUCCGAACUCAAAGAUCGACUGGAAGGGAUCCAUGGUCCGGGCCAGCAGAACAUCGCUGAAGUGGCCUGGCACCGCCACGGUCCGACGCGCCAGUGUCAACUCGUUCGGCUUCGGCGGAGCCAACGCCCAUGCCAUUGUGGAGAACGCGCCCGACUCGCACCACCACGUCUCGUCGUACAGACAGGUCACAACCAAUUUCUUCGAUGACGAUGACGACGAGGAAGACAGAGACGGCGGUGGCCCCGCCACGACCGCUGUGCCGCCGACUUUGCUCGUAUUCUCGGCCAACACCCAGACAUCGCUCAAGAAGUACGUCAAGGCGCUCUCCUCGCACCUGCUCAACCCCAUGGUCUCGGUCGAGCUCAACGACCUCGCCUACACGCUGUCGGAGCGGCGAAGCCGUCACUACUACCGCGGUUUCACCGUAACGCGGUCCAUUAAGACAGGAAUCAGCGACGAGUCCGUCUUGACCGGCAAACAAGCCUCGUCUCCGCCCCGGAUCGGCUUCGUCUUCACCGGCCAGGGUGCCCAGUGGCCAAAGAUGGGUGCCGAGCUGGUCGAGUCCUUCCCCCGCGCCAAGCGUGUGAUCCAGGAUCUCGACGAGGUGCUGCAGAGUCUUCCCGAACCACCCAAGUGGACCCUUCUCGAGGAAUUGACGGGCGAUCGGACGCCUGAAGCCCUGCGUCAGCCCGAGUUCUCGCAGCCUCUCGUGACAGCGCUACAACUCGCUCUCCUCGACGUCCUGGACAGCUGGGGCAUCCGGCCGCGGGCUGUCGUCGGCCACUCGUCUGGCGAGAUCGCUGCGGCUGCCGCCGCCGGGUUACUCAGCUACGCCGACGCCAUCAAGACGGCCUACUACCGCGGCCAAGCGGCCAAGAAGGUUGGCACGCCCGCCGAGCCCGUGGGCAUGCUGGCGGUCGGCGUCGGAGCAGAUGUUGUGCAGCCGUUCCUGCGCCCCGAGGAGGGUAAAGUGCAGAUCGCAUGCUACAACAGCCCCAACAGCCUGACAAUGUCCGGCACCGUAUCGGCGCUCGAGAAGCUGCGCGCACGCCUCCAGGAGGCCGGUCACUUCGCCCGCAUGCUGCUCGUCGAUCUGGCCUACCACUCAGAUUACAUGGCGGAGAUCGGAGAGGUGUAUGAGCAGAUGCUGCUGGCAGAUGACACCAUCUUCCAGAGCCAGAGCAACGGCAAACUGCUCGGCAGCGAGUCGGGCGUCCGCAUGUUCAGCUCUGUGACCGGCGGGGUGUUGGCUCCGGGGGACAAGCCGGGUGCCGCCUAUUGGAAGAGGAACAUGGUCUCGCCGGUCAGGUUCGCCGACGCGGCGGCGGAGCUGCUCCGCGACACGGAGUUAGGGGCUAACUUCUUGAUCGAGCUUGGCCCGAGCAACGCCCUGGCCGGACCCCUUGGGCAGAUCAAGAAAGGUCUCGGAACAGGGCCUGGCGCUGACGCCCAAUACACGUCAGCACUGAAGCGGGGCGCUGACUCGACCAUGGCCAUGUACAACGCGGCGGGACAACUGUUCCUCGCCGGCGAAUCGGUCGACUUGGCCACGGUCAACCGCGUAAACCAGCACAACGCCAAGGUCAUUGUGGACCUGCCCAACUACGUCUGGGAUCACUCAGUCAAGUACUGGCACGAGACACGAACCAGCUCGGACUGGCGGUUCAAGAAGUUUGUCAACCACGAUCUCCUCGGCUCCAAGAUGAACGGCACCUCGUGGCAGGCACCGACUUUCAAGAAGGUGUUGAAGGUUGCCGACGUGCCGUGGUUACGCGAUCACCGGCUGGGCAGCGACAUAGUCUUCCCGGCGGCGGCAUACGUCGCCAUGGCAGUCGAAGCCAUGUAUCAGACCGCCAUGAUAACGCAAUGGAACGAGCAGCCCCCCGCCCGCUACCGCUUCCUGCUGCGCGACGUGAAGCUCCUCCGGGCUCUGGUAUUGGACGAGGCAGCCGAGACGCGCCUGACUCUCGCCCUUAGUCCCAUCAAGGGCGGCUCAACACGGUCCUGGUACGAAUUCCGCGUCUCCUCGCAACAAGACGGGCUCGCAGCCGACCCCGUGCACAGUACCGGGCGGGUGUGCGUCGAGACGGACUACGAGAUGCUGAACGCGACUCCCGAGCAGGUGGCACCGCUGCAGCUCGCUACAACGGCGCGCACCUGGUACAAGGCGUUGGCAGACCUGGGCUACAAGUUCGGGCCGAGCUUCCAGAAGCACCUGAUGGUCGAGACAACCAUCGGUCAGCGCCACAGCCGCUCGACCAUCAACCUCGAGCCACCCGCCUCGCACCCCAACGGGCAGUCGUACUACCCACUGCACCCCGCCGUGAUGGACUCGUGCUUCCAGGCCGCAUCGCCGGCGCUCUGGGAGGGUGAUCUGCCGACAUCUGGAGCGGCGGUGCUCGUGCCGAAAUUGAUUGACACCAUUGUUGUCGAAGGCGGACGCGAGCUCCCAGUCGAGGGAAUUGCGCUGGCGUCGGCGACGUACCUGGGCGUCGGCAACGCCGAGAACCCGCGAAACUACUCGACCAACGUACGCCUGUAUGAUCCCCGGGACGGUGCGUUCCUGUUUGAGAUGCGUGGUCUAUCCUCGGGGGAGAUGCAGACCACCGAUCAGGAGAAGAUCAGCCACACGUUCACGCACGUUGCUUGGAACGCUGAUGUUGAUAUGUUGAUGUCUGUGGACGACACCGCGGCUAGCCAGUGGCUCAAGACGAAGACAAUCGACGAUGCGAUUGACAUGGUGGCGCACAAGAAGCCCGGCCUGUGCGUGCUGGAGCUCAACCUGGACGCCCUCGAUGCGUCAAGCUUGUGGAUGUCGGAUGCCGAUAUCGAGACUAGCAAUCCCAUCCGGGCGGCUUGCUCAGAAUAUCACCUUGCCGUUCGGGAAGCAAAGGUCCUCAUCCAAGUGCAGGAACGGCUGGCGUCGCGCUGCACGGCUGCUUCGUUCCACCUCCUCGACGCCUCGAACCCAGCGUCUGCUGCUUCCGGUACCAAGUUUGACUUGAUUAUCGUUAAGGCUGGCUCUGAAUCAAACCUAGAUGAGCUCACUCUGGUAAAGAGCCUCGCGGAGUCGGUGCGCGAAGGAGGCUUCAUUGUAGCCAGCGGGCUGGACGCAAGCACGCUGAGCCGUUUGGGCAAGACGUUUGCCCUUGGCGAGAAUGUCUGCAUGUGUCGGGCCAAGGUCGACAAGCAGCAGUAUGAGAAGCGUCCCAAGGUCGCCCAUGUGAGCUUGCUCGGAGAGAGACCGUCCGAGCUGGUGGGCGUCCUCGACGCUCUCGCUGCGAAAGGGUGGACUUUCCAAAACUGCGCCAACUCGGAGGAGAUCACCUCCAACGAUGCCGUCGUUGUCGUGCUGGACGAGCUGUUUGCCUCUCUCAUGGACACGCUCAGCGAACAGCAGUGGUCCGUCCUGAAGCACAUUGUCCGCCAGCGAUGCCGCCUCCUCUGGGUAACAGCGGGCGCGCAGCUCGGGGUGGAGCACCCGACCCGGGCCGCAAUCGUCGGGUUGUUCCGCACAAUUCGUGCCGAGGAGCACCUCCAUCUUGCAACGCUCGACGUGACCACCGCCUCGGGCGCCGCGACCACUGCGGCCAUUUCAGCCUGUCUCGAGCAGCUGUGCGCGGCCACCGACGGCGCGGAGCCGACUGAUUAUGAGUUUGUUGAGCGUGAUGGCAUCGUCCACGUCGGGCGUGUGGUGCCAGAUGCCGGCCUGACAAUGCUACAGAGCGACGACAUGGCCUCGCGCCCGACAGAGACGACGGACCUCCAUGCUCGCGAUACGCUUGUGCAACUGCGCUGCGAACGACUGGGCAACCUUGAUGCGGUGCAGUUUUGCGAGACAGAGGCUGAGCAAGGCCGGCUCGGCCAUGGCAUGGUCGAGAUCGAGGUACACGCGGCUGGUUUGAACUACAAAGAUGUAGUGGUUACCAUGGGCAUCGUGCCGGGAGAUGAGACGGCCUUGGGUCAUGAGGCGGCCGGUAUCGUCAGGCGUGUGGGAGAGGGUGUGACUGAGUAUGCCGUUGGGGACCGGGUUGUCGUGUUUGGCAAGGGCUGCUUCGCGAACCGGGUACGCACGACGCCGGCUCGCAUCCACCGUAUCCCUGACAAUAUGACCUUUGAGGAGGCCGCCACCAUGUCGGUGGUGUACUUGACAAGCAUUUACUCGCUCUUCGACCAGGGAAACCUCUCGGCCGGUAAACGCGUCCUAAUUCACUCGGCAGCCGGCGGCGUGGGCAUUGCAGCAAUCCAGCUUGCAAGGUACGCUGGCGCUGAGGUGUUUGCAACGGUCGGGACGCCUGAGAAGAGGGAGUUCUUAAGGUCAACGUUCGGUCUGCCCGACGACCGCAUCUUCAAUUCGCGAAACACGGAUUUUGGCGGAAAAAUCUUGGCCGCUACAGAGGGCAAGGGCGUGGAUGUGGUGCUCAACUCGCUCACUGGGGACAUGCUCGACGAGUCGUUCCGCAUCUUGAGUGACGGAGGCAUCAUGGUGGAGAUCGGAAAGAGAGACAUCCUUGAUGGUAACAAUCUUGCCAUGGCGCCGUUCGACCGCAACAUCUCGUUCCGGGCCGUCGACCUGUCCCCAGAGCGGGCGUCCGAUGAACUCGUUGCCCGCCUCUUUUCGAAACUAUUUGCACUUCUGGAGGGCGGGCACAUCAAGCCCAUCAAUCCCAUCCACCGCUUCUCUUGGGCGGAAAUUCCGGCCGCCAUCCGGUUCUUGCGUGCGGGCAAGCAUACGGGCAAGAUUGUCUUGUCGGAUGGUGGGCUUGAUGCAAAAGUCGAGGUUCCGGUACGGAAAGCUCCCAAUCAACUCAAGCUCAGGAAAGACGGCUGCUACUUGAUUGUCGGCGGACUCCGCGGUCUCUGCGGCUCACUGGCCGUGUACCUUGCAAAAUCAGGCGCCAAGCACCUCGCCGUCAUGUCCCGCAGCGGCUAUGCCGACGAGAGAUCGCGCGGCAUCAUCAAGCAGAUCAGAGCUCUCGGGGCACAGAUCGACCUCUUGACUGCCGACGUGACUGAUGCUACCCAAGUUGAGAGGGCUUUCCACGAGACAACUGUACCGGUGGCUGGAAUUAUCCAGGGCGCCAUGGUUCUCCGAGAUCGACCGUUUGAUUCGAUGACGCUUGCCGAGUACCAUGACGCGAUCCGGUGCAAGAUCCAAGGUACUUGGAACCUGCACCAGGCCGCCGAGGCCCUCCAUCUCAAGCUUGACUUCUUCACCCUCCUGUCAAGCAUCUCGGGCAUUGUGGGCAACCGUGGCCAAUCGAACUACGCGGCUGCCAACGUCUUCCUCGACGCAUUCGCCGCUUACCGUCGCGCACGCGGCCAGGUGGCCAACUCUGUGAAUCUGGGCGUGAUUGAAGACGCCGGCGUGAUCGCCGAGAACGCCAAGCUGCACGAGCAGUUCGAUCCUCGUGUGUUCAGGGGCAUCAACGAUGGCCUGCUGCGCAAGAUCCUGUACUUGUCCCUGAUCCAGCAGCAGGACGGCGCACAGCCUCCUAGCCCUGCCGCUGCCGCGCAGAUGAUCACGGGUCUCAUCGCCACGCAACCGGCCGACUCCCUUCUUCGGCGCGACGCCCGCUUUGCCGCUCUGUUCUCCAAGCAGGGCGGGCAGGGAGGCAACGCGAGCGGCAGGGCGGGCAGCGGCAGCGGCAGUGGGGCCGACGCGGAAGUGAAGGCGCUCCUGGUGCUACUGCGGAGUAAGACGGCCGAUCCGACGGCGCGGCUCAAGGCCACGGUCGACGUCGUCAACGGGUGCUUCGUACGCAUGUUGCGGCUAGCCGAGCCGAUGGACCCGGCGAGGCCACUGUCGGUCUACGGCAUUGACUCGCUCGCUGCCGUUGAGGUCCGCAACUGGGUGCGGGCUGAACUUGGUGCAUUGGUUACGACGCUGGAUAUCAUGAAUGCGGCAUCGUUGACGGCCUUUUGCGAGAAGGUUGUUGCGAAAAUUGCUGCUGCAGCCGAGGACUGAGGGGCAUUUUGAUAGCUCGGUUGGUUAAUUCGGUCAAGUUCAAGGCUCUGUCGCGCUGGUGACAGGGAAGUGGCCUUGUGUUUGGUGAUCGUGGUCGCAAUGUCGCAUGUCACGAUGGGUGUGUCAAUUUGUUGCAUGUUGAAUGGUAUUAAAACAGCAAAUGUCUAGUAUGAUAGGAUGAUGCUCUGGUGGGUAAAUAAAGCCUUGAACGAUCAGUUACAAUUUUAUACAUUGCCC